UGACUCCAAAAGAUCAAUCCAUUAGCCAAAAAAUCAAAAAAUUAAAUUUAAGAAAAAAAAAAAAAAACAAGAAGAAUGAAUUCUAAGGCUUCUUUCCUGCUAGCUCUUCUCUUUGCUGUGUUUUUACUCUCUCUUUCUGCCGUGGAAGUAGAGGCGUUCCAAGAUGACCAAUAUUUAGUUCCAGCAGUUGAAACAAUGUCAAAUGCACGUUGUUGCUUGGUGAUGCCGGUACCUCCUUUUGCUUGUGUGAAGUUUUGCUCGAGUGCUCAAGAAGCUGCCCUCCUGCAAAAUCAACACAUCUCUGGAAAUGAAGAAGAAGAAUCAAACAUGGUGAAUGAUGACAAACAAGGUGGAUGGGGUGGAGAUGGUGGACAUCAUGGAAGAGGUAUCGGUUGUAGAAAGUGUCUACAAUAAGAGAAGUGAAGAGAAGCCCUAAAUUAAAUGAACGAGUGAAUGUACUUUGCAGAGUAAAUUAUGUGUACGACUGUGUGUAGUAAAUAUAUGGGUAAUAAGAAAAUAAAGAAUAAGACAUGUCUAAAAGUUGAUGUAAUAGGCCUGGAAUAGGAAGCGGGGUUAUAUCCCAUCAAGUUGACCCGUUUGAGGACAUUAGUCCUUUGUAGCUUUCACGUGCAUGGUUAAAUUUCAGUUUUUUCUUUCUCCUUUC